AUGCCCACAAGUGACGACAGGAGGCGGCCUGCCGCCCUCAACCUCCAGCCCGUGCGCUCAUCAUCCACAGAUUCCUCCUCCUCCUCCUCCUCCUCCACAUCCUCAAUAGGCAAGCCACCAAGGACACCGCGCUUUGCCGAGGCCACCAGCAUCCACUCGCCCGUCGAGUCCACCGGCGAUGGCUUUGGCGACAGGACCGUCCCCCCCCAGUCACAACCCGGCGACAUCGGCUUCGGCUACAUCAGCAACAACAACAGGGAGUCCGCAGCCGUGCCAAUGAGCCCGAGGUCGCCGCUCAAGAGUGCCAUGAGGGCCCCCGGCACCCCCGGCCGCGCCCUCAACCCCCUCAGCCCUACCUUCCGCGAGGAGCAGCUGCUCGAGAAGCGCGAGGAGUCGACCGAGAAGGAGCAGGCCAAGGACCUGAAAGUCAAGACUCGUGUGCGGCUCGCAAAGGUGGCACUGCGGAGCGUCAACUUCAGCUGCAGCCUGAUUGUCAUGGCCAUGCUCGGCACCUCCUUCGCCAUCUUCAACGCCACCAAGGCCCUCCCCGCCCAGAACAACCUCCCGGCCUGGGCAACAAACACGAGCAUCUGGCCACAGUGCCUCGUGCUCGCCGCCUCGUGCCUGUCUCUGCUCAUAUGCAUCCUUGUCUUUGUCGGCUACUGCCGCGGCGGCCACAGGAGGGCCGAGAAGGUCGGCGUCUACUACACCCUCUUCGCCGUCGGCUGGUUCAUCGUGAGCAUGGUCAUGUGGGUCCUCGCCAUCGCCGUCCUGCAGAACUCGAGGAACAACAGCAACAACAAGGACAUGUGGGGCUGGUCUUGUGUCAAGAACACCCGGUCCCAGCUCUUCUCCAGCCAGGUCGACUACGCCCUCGUUUGCAGGCUUCAGAACUGGUCCCUGAUCUGCAUGAUCAUCGAGGUCGUCAUCGAGGUCAUCUCCAUCACCCUCUACUCGGUCGUCUUCUACCGCUACCACACCAAGAGGAAGCUCAUGAAGUCCAUGGACAUGAGGGACAAGGCUCGCUCCGACCUCUACCUCGCCCAGCUCCGGUCCCAGUCAGCCCCCAACACCCCGGGCUUCGGCCCAAAGUCCCCCGGCUUCGCGUCCUUCUACGGCCCAAAGUCGCCGGGCAUGUACUCGCAGCACACCAUGUCCCCACGCCUCCCACCCUCGGCCGCGUUCCGCUCCCUGGGCGACAUCGAGGAGGGCAACCCCUUCACGCCAGGCGGGCGACACGUGCCCGAGCCCGCAAGCACAUUCGCCGCCAAGGCCGAAAAGCCCUUCAAGCUUCAGGCGCCCCCCGUCAAGGCACCCAGCGCCACCCCCAAGACCAGUGCUAAGGAGUCCUUCUCGCCGGUUGAGGGCACCAGCCCCACGUCUUGGCCAGCCUCCUCGACGCCGCCACCGAGCCUCCCGUCAAUCACCAUCAACGAGCAUGGCCACGGGCCUUCAUCGGCGGACGAGCCAGUGUACGAGAGUGUGCCGAUUCCAGGGGCUUAUGCCGGGCAGGCGGUCAAGAGCCCCCCGCCCGUUCAGACCACAUUCAACCUGAGGUAG